AUGGCCUUGAAAUUAUUCGUCCCGAAUGAGUGGAAGGUCCUGCUCCCUACGACGCUCCAGAAAGAAUUGGUUAGUACUAUCGUAACAUGGCAGGUAACGCACGAAUCUUCGCAAGGUGCUACAGGGGCGUACAAUGGUGUUACUGCAGAACUGAUAGAGAGCGACUAUGAUUGGUGGUUUAGGAAGGCCGAUGACAGGAACACUAAGCCUGACCGGAAGUGCUAUUCGGUAUUCGUAAUGUACGUUUGA